AUGCAUCCAAAUUUAGCAUACCAUGAACAUCCAAAAUGUCUUGAUAUAAUCUUAAGAUUUGAAGAAUGCCAUAGGGCAAGUUUUUUUAAUAGAAUAUUUGGUAGGUGUAAUUCACUUAAAAGAGAAUUAAAUGCAUGUUUAUCAGCUGAGUUUGAAGAGAAAAGAUUAAAAAGUGCUGAAAGAUCAAGAGAAGUUCGUAAGAAUUACCAGAAAAUAUGGAAAGAACUUGAUGAAUUAGAAGCUACAAAUAAAAAAUAA